AUGUUCAGAGCUCUACUCAAGCCCUCAUCCCGUGUCUUGAGUUCCAUCCUCCAUCCCCGCACCCUAUCCAACAUGUCAUCUGCUCAGGCUGGUGGUAACAAGCUCUUCGUCGGCAACCUCGCCUGGUCGACCGACUCCGAAAGCUUGAGAUCGGCAUUCGGUCAAUACGGUGAAGUUUUGGAUGCCAUCGUCAUGCAAGAUCGUGAAACUGGCCGCAGCCGUGGUUUUGGGUUCAUCACCUUUAAAGACCAGGCCAAUGCCGACGCGGCUAUCGAAGCCCUGAAUGGCCAAGCAGUCGAGGGACGGGAAAUUCGGGUCAACUAUGCCAACACCCAAACUGGUGGUGGUGGUGGUGGACGACAAGGUGGCGGUGGUUACCGUGGAGGAGGCGGCGGUGGCGGAUACAACUCCGGUUACGGUGGGGGAGGUUACGGUGGUGACCAAGGCGGCCAAGGCGGCGGCUACGGUGGCAAUAGCGGCCAACAAUCAUAUGGUGGCGGCCAAGGUGGCGGUAAGUGUUGCAACGCUGGACAGCUUUAA